AUAUGUCAUUAUUUGUACACAGUUCCAUAUGAAAUUAUAUAAAUGUCAUGAUAUUUAUUUUGGAGGUUUAUUCAUAAACAAAAAUAAGAGUUAUCAAUCAAAAUGAAGUUUUCAAUUAUGCUCAUAGCUAUCUGCAUUUCAAUCUACAUAGAUAGAAGUCAAGCUGAGGGUCAUUAUUCAGAAGCGCCGAUUAUUUUCGGAGCUGAUGGUGGUCCUGAUCGGCGAUUCAUGAAUCAAAAUCUUCAUAUCAUGGGAUACAUGUUGUAUCUUGUAACUAAAUCUCGUGAUGCAAUGAGACAUUACUACGGAGUUGCUUUUUCAGGGUGCUACCAUCAGCAAAGUCUGUGCUGGAUGACAUCAAAAAGAUUCUACAUGUAUAAUGAAGAAGCAACCAAUCAUCCAGAAUUGUCGAAACAAAUUCCCAUCAUUUUCUAUGAUCAAGCACAUGAAUCGGUUCCGGAACUGGCAGACCUUGACUUAACUCGAUGCAACCCAAGAGAAGACAGUGAAAGAAUAGUAUUGGGAAUGCUACAAGCUCUUGAUAGACAUAUAGAACUACUCAAAGACCGAUCAAAAUCUUUCACAUCAAAACAUAAACCGAAGCCUGAAAGUGAUAUUCAAAUUUAUCUCAAAGACCUCGAAGAACUCCAAAAAAUGUUCCCUAUAGAAUCACUGGAGGCAGGAAAACCUGACCUAAUAUGCUCCAGUACUGGAUGCGACUGUCUCUCCAAAAUAUAUCGAAGUCUAAUGCAACUGAAUUUCCAACUACAAAAUCUAUGGAAUGACGGAUUAAAGUCAAAUAUGGAAUAAAGAAUGAAACAGUCAGUAUCGAAUUAGGACGAUUUAACACAGUGUUCAUCAUUCCAAGAAUGCAAAAAACUCUUAUCCUUGAACAGUUACAUUCUAUUUAACCAGUUAACUUGAUAUUGUCUUUUUUUUCAAAAAUUUAUCUGUCAAUUAUUAUAUAACUGCAGAAUAGAUCGUUGUAUUCUUGAUUAUAUUCGCUUCGAACGACGAA